AGUUUCAGGCCAUGACCUGACCUAAUAUUCCCGACUUAAUAGGAUUUGAAAUCAAAAUUAAAAACUUACUUUGUAAUUGGAAUUUUUAUCAUUUGGCCUGCCCCGAUAAAACGUUCUAUUAUUACAGUUUCGCUUAUGAUAUUGUGUAUAAUUUUUCAUCCACUAGCAGCUUAAGUGUUUAACACUUUCGUCUAAAAAUAAAUUGGCUUAUUUGCUGCAGUGGGAGCCGUAUAUACAUGUAUAUUAAUAUAUAUUAAUAACGAAAAUAAUAAACACAUCCAACUUUCUGAAGAUGACGGCGCCAAUUCCUUUUUUCUUUUCCUCGUAAAUAUAUACUAUUAGUACACUUAUAUUAAAAUAUUAUUAUGCUGUGCACGUUUUGAUUACCCGAAAAACGUGAUUCAAACUUUCAGUUCAUUAAAUCGUAAUAAUUGCGUUGUUUAAGGAAAAAAAAACCCCCCUAAUAUCACUGUUUAAUAACGAUAAAUCGAUCGAUCGAAUAACCGUUUGCGGGUAUAAUACCUACCUAGGUAUACAACAUGAGUGCACAAAAUAGUGAUAACGACCGUUAUAAAAAGGAAUAUUCGAGAAUAAGGAAACUGACGAGUAGAUAUGACAUACGGACUCAAUCAAAUGAAUUUGGUUUGUCGGAAGAUCAAGUCGCGGAAUUCAAAGAAGCAUUUAUGUUGUUCGAUAAAGACCAUGAUGGACGGAUUACUGAGGCAGAACUAGGAGUGGUCAUGAGAUCUUUGGGUCAAAGGCCUACAGAAACUGAUUUGCAAGGUAUGGUUAAAGAAGUGGAUAAAGAUGGCAAUGGUAGUAUUGAGUUUGAUGAAUUCCUGCUAAUGAUGGCUAGAAAACUAAAAGCAGCAGAUGGCGAACAAGAAAUGCACCAAGCAUUUAAAGUAUUUGACAAAAAUGGCGAUGGAUUCAUAACAUUUGAUGAACUCAAACGUGUUAUGUGCAGUAUUGGAGAAAGGCUCACAGAUGAAGAAAUUGAAGAUAUGAUAAAAGAAGCCGAUUUAAAUGGUGACAAAAAAAUUGAUUAUAAAGAAUUUAUUACAAUAAUAAGUUCCAAGAAAUAAAACAAAUAACGGAUGUUUUACGCCAGAAUUUCUUCUGAAUUCUGCAUACACCGCAUCAUCAGCACCAGACAUAGAACUCAUUUUGCCAGACAUUUUCUUAUAGGACUUGGAUGUGCCUUCAUAUGGCAUUCGUUCCUCGUCUGCAUCUGUG